UGCCACAUCCGCCUCUCCCGUUGGCGCUGCUGUUGUGUGUUCGUUGUGUUCGUCACGUCGGUGACGUCGUUUCUGUGUUUUGAUAGUUUCUCCGGUUUCUCCGCUUGUCUAAAAUCAAGAAGACAGUUUGAUAUAGCUGUGACCGUGCCCGCCGUGGACAGCGCUACUACAAAGGAGGCACCAAGAGAGAACCAGCAUGCUCCAAGGAAGACCACUGUGUUUUGCUGCAGCUAUGGUUGUCUUGGCAGUGAGUGCAUAUUGCCAGCAACAGGCUGUCACUGUAGUUGUUGAACAGAAAGCAUCUCAAAAGAAGAAUGAGGAAGAAAAUAGCGAACCUGGAGAGAACCCAACAAAGCAGUUUCAAGCCGGAAAGGAAUGGAAAGAAGUUAAGCCAGGGGAAGCCAUACCGGCUGGUCUGCAUGUGCGAAUGAAUUUAGCGACAGGCCACACUGAAGCAAAAUUGAUGGAUGAAGAUGACCCAAGGGAUGCCGAACAAUCCGGGAGGCCUGGCAGCCAGGAUAGCCGUUUACUGCUGGAGCAAGCUACAGACGGGCCUUCCAUAACACUUUCUGAAAAGAAGGACUUGCCAUGGAAUAUGGAUGAGCUUAAAAAAAAGAUAUCAAGUUUAAAGAUGGAGGCUAAAUCAGAGUCAGAAAUUCUUUAUCACCUUCUGGAGAACUACCGCAAUGCCACUGAAGCAGGGAAGGAAGCUCUGCUGAGAGAUAUGGAGUUUCUUGUUCACCAGUAUGACAGAGCUGUGGACUUUGUGAUAAUGGGUGGCCUGCUUGCCAUUGCACCUGAUUUGAACUCCACAUCUGACGCUGUCCGUGAACUGGUCGCACACACCCUUGGCUCAGCAUUACAGGGGAACCCGAAAGUGCAAAGGACUGUGCUGGGCCAAGGGCUUUUGCCACAGCUACUGCGCCUCAUUGUGCUAGACUCAUCAGCACGAGUGAGGCUGCGUUGCCUUUUUGCACUGUCAUGCCUGGUGCGCCAACUCCCAGAGGCUCAAGAAGCCCUGCUCCACCAUGGUGGGCUGACUGUGCUUGCAGGCCUCUUCACUGCACCGGACAGUUCGACCAAGUUGCAGCUGAAGGCAGUUACACUCUUGCAUGAUCUGGUUGUUGAGCAGCGCUUGAGGCAUGAAUCUGGCCAGCCAACUGACUCACAGCUGACGCAGAGCAUCCAGCUGCAUGGGUUUUGCAGCUUGGUGCCGCGGCUUUUACAGAGCUCGGACAUUGAUGUCCAGGAGAAGGUGGUGCAGGCCAUGGCAGCCCUUGCUGAGGUUUGUCUGGAAGAGUUCCAGAAGCAUGUGCCGGCUCUGCAAACACUACUCGGUAACUAUCAGAGGCAAGCGCAUCGAGAACACUCAUCAGAGGAUGCAGACCAAGCAGCCGACUACUACGAGGGACUGCUUCACUCUGUGUCACAACUCCUGGAUACUUUACAAAGGAAGCAGAAAGAUGAAUUGUGACGUGGUCUCUUGACAGUGAGAUGGUGGUGGCAACUUUGACUGUGAUAAUGUCUACCUAGAUCCAAAGUGUGGUUCUAAGUCAACUGAGGUGUCUAUGCUAGGAAACUCUUUUUCGAAUGUAUCUUUGACGCCGUUGACUGUUGUCUCUGUUUUAGCAUU